GUCUCUCCCUGGGCUCAGCUUUGCCCCUUCAGUCAAACUCAUUCUUUUGUGUUCUUUAAAAGGAAAAAAAAAAACAGGGAGACUUCAACAAAGGAAAAAAAAAAUCCCAACUCAACAAAGAAAGAAACCAAAGAGAAAUCCAGAGAAGAAGAAGAAGAAGAAGAUGUCGUGGCAAGCGUAUGUAGAUGACCACUUGAUGUGCGAAAUCGAAGGCAACCAUCUCUCUGCCGCCGCCAUCAUCGGCCAAGACGGCAGCGUUUGGGCCCAGAGUUCCAAUUUCCCUCAGUUCAAGCCGGAAGAAAUUAAUGGCAUCAUGAAUGACUUUGCUGAACCUGGAUCACUUGCUCCAACUGGAUUGUACCUUGGAGGAACAAAAUACAUGGUGAUCCAAGGUGAACCAGGAGCUGUUAUUCGAGGGAAGAAGGGACCUGGAGGUGUUACUGUUAAAAAGACCAAUCAGGCGUUGAUCAUUGGAAUCUAUGAUGAGCCAAUGACUCCUGGCCAGUGCAACAUGAUUGUCGAAAGGCUUGGUGAUUAUCUCGUUGAUCAGGGUCUUUGAUCUCUUUGGUGUGCCCUAUUUGUUGCAAUUCUUCUUGGCUUCUAUACAAACGUGCAUCUGCCACCCUCCUGUGGUAAUGGUUGGGUGCAGUUAAAUAAUAGUAUUACUAGUAUUAAAGUCGUGGGGAACCUUUUCAAGAAACAAAAGGCUUGGUGUUUGUAACAGUGAUGCUUAUGAUCCCUUACUUUGUUUCUGUACUUGUUUGAUGGAUGGUAUUAUCGAGAUUGUCGAGUGAGGUAUUUUGUUACAAUGGAUUUUCUAGUGGAUUUGGUAAGUUUGUUGGCCGAGUUUUUCUAGUAA